AUGUGUGGCAGCGCCUCUAGUUGGGGUAUGAGAACUGCAUAUUUUUACGAUGCUCGACGACGCGUGUCGGCACACACACGAGCAGGCACGACAGCGAGUGCAGCGCAGGGGCGCCGGCUCUCAGUUCUCUUCGUGCGAUCGGAGCUAUCAGGCGACCGUCGUGACGGCGUCACCGGUGCAACACGCUCCCCAACAGCUCUCUCCUCCAGCGCCGCGACGAGGAUGUCCUCCACCGUCCCCGUGGCGGCGGCAUCGGGAGGCGCCGACUUUGUCGAUGUAGACGCGCUCAACAGCGCCGAUACGGACGGGGCGGAAGACGUGGGUCGUGCCGCCGUAGUGCCAGGGCUCACGCAGCGUGUUGGGCACAUCCCACUUCGUGACGCCGUCGUUCUCUCAUAUCACGGAGCCAGUGAUGAUUACGCGAUGCACCGCCGCACAGUGGGCGCGUCUUAUGGGGAUGGCGCGCCGCCACCCGUAGAUGAGCUUCUCUCCGUUGCCACCGAAGACAGCCGUGUGCUCCUCCGCCGCAGUGGGCUGUCCACAGAGCCACGCACCGCAGGAGUCCCUGCGGUGCACAUGUGGCGUGGAUGCAACGAAGACACAGGUGAGGAGGCAAAGAGAGCGCCCGCGUACCAGUCACGCGGUGCGGAUCAGUCAUUUGGGUGGAAUGACUGCGCUGGUUCAUUGUCGAACGCCUCCUCAGCGAUACCGACAACCGUCUCCUCUGUCCGCUGGGCGCAAGAGGCCAGCGUGCUGCUCGAGCACACACGCGGCACCCUGCACAGGGUGCGCCCCCGAAGCGGCACCUUCAGUGCCAGAGUGAGCAGCUCAUCACUGAAUCAACAGCGUCCGCACGUCUCUAGCAACAGCUGGAGCCAUUGUCAAGCAGACUUCGUGGCUCUCUCCACGAGCUCUGUGUCCUUGGUCCAGUCGCGCGAGUAUGGUGCCGAACUCGCUGCGGUUCAGCACACCGUCUUCGCGUGCGAAAUGAUUGCAAACGCGACUUGCAUGGAUGACUGGGGUCCGCACAGUACAGUCGUUGGUUUCUCGGAUGGAACACUGCGCGUGGUGGACUGGCGCACGCCCGCGAGAGGUUCCUCCGUACACACAGGUGAUGCCGUUGCCGACGAUGACGAAAAGCACGUUGCGCUGCGGACGCAUGUGCCACAGCCGCCGUGGAUGAGGCAUGGCGGUCGCUCGGCCACCGCCGCCACAUCAGUGGCAGGUGUGCUGUCGUGUUGUGCCUUCGAGGACAGCUUCCGCAUCGUCUGCGGACUGGGAGAUGCCUCGGGUGCCGUGGUGAUGGCCGACCUUCGCCGCCCCGAUAGCGGAGAUCGUCUUGGGCGUCGUCGCACGCGUGCGGAGCAGCAGGCCGCGCAGCACCUUUUCGCUGAAACCGGCGGACAGAGCCCCACAGGGCGCGCUGUGACGGACAUUCAACGCGAUCCCUCGUGCUUUGGACGCAUUGGGCUUGUCGAUAUGACCGGCACGGCUGUCUUGACCAACGUGGCUGCGUUGGAGGUGAACACCGGCAGCUCCGCAGCCGUCGCGGUAAAGCGCAGCCGCACGAAGGACGGGGCUGGCGUGCCUUCGUCUCUUGGCUCCACCGCCGUCGCAAGACCGCGUCUUCCACCGCCACCGUCGCCGUGGUCGGUCUUGGAACGCCUGGGGAGCCUGUCACCGACUGCGUCUCGGUCGGCUGUCCUGACGACCAUCUUGCACAGCAUCCGCGGGGGGCCCCAACGUGCUGUCACAGACGGUGGCAACGCACAAGGCGAGUGGUUUUGCAGCCCCAUCACGGCGCACCCGCGACCACGCUGCGCCUUCAGCGACGACGGCCGCCACUUUGCUCACAUAGCAGCGAAAAGUGUACUCACCGCCACCCUGCGGUGCGCAGGGGCGCAAUGGGGUGCCGUGAUGGGCGGCUCAUCGUUUUCUCGCACUCCCGGCGUCACUGCGACACACGUGCAGCUUGCGUCAAGCCUAGCGAGUGGGCAUGCGGCACUCAUGCCGUCCCCCUUCAUUGCCGUGUCUUGCGUGGACGGGCUCAUGUGUUUCGACACCGGAGACGGGCACACGCUGGCGAUACCGAUCGUGUGA